AUGAACCCCUUGAACAAGAUCAUCUUCCUUUCAGCGUUCUUGGCCUUUGGCUUCCUCCUAAUCCUUCUUUCAUGUGCGCUAUACAACAACUGGAAACCCCUAUGGGUCAUAGCGGUCUUCUUGGUGGCUCCUUUGCCCAACAUAAUUCUGUCUUCGAUUGAAAACAACCGAGACGAUUUCCUUACGUUCAGCAAUGACAGAGGUAACACACCAACCCCAUUACAAGAGCUGGCCAAAAUCAUUACAGGAUUCUUGCUCGUGAGCGGCAUAGCCUUGCCUUUAACCAUGUACCAUACACAGCUCAUUGGCGUGGGCUCUUUAUUCAUGAGUGUAAUUGGUGGUUUGAUUGUCUACAGCGACAUUAUAGUGUUUAUAUGGUUCUUUUCCGAGCACGAGGACGAGAAUGACGACUUCAACUUCUAG